UUAGCAUCUGAUGGGGUAAAUCCUUUUGGUAAUUUAAGUGUUUCUCACAGCACUUGGCCAGUGAUCACUACUGUCUACAACUUACCCCCUUGGAUGUGCAUGAAGAAACCAUAUUGUUUCUUAUCUUUGUUGAUACCUGGUCCUAAAGCUCCUGGAAAUGAUAUUGAUGUAUACUUAGAACCAUUGAUAGAUGAGUUAUGAGAACUAUGGUUUUAUGGAGUCGAUACAUAUGAUGCUUCAAGAAAAGAGAAUUUUUGUAUGCGGGCAGCACUCUUAUGGACUAUAAAUGAUUUUCCCGCUUAUGCCAAUUUAUCUGGAUGGAGUACAAAAGGAGCUUUGGCUUGUCCGUUAUGCAACAAAGACACACCAUCUACUCGAUUAAGGAAAUGGGUAUAAGAAGUGAGUUGCAUCCAACUCAAAGGGAUGGAAGAUGGUGUUAUCCGGCAGCAUGCUAUUCUUUAUCAGCAGAUGAGAAGUCUAAAGUAUGCAAAUUCUUGAAAAUGAUUAAGGUUCCAAAUGGUUAUUCUUCUAAUAUAUCACGGUGGGUGAAGUCAGAAGAUCGUAAAAUUUAUGGACUGAAGAGUCAUGAUUCUCAUAUUCUGUUGGAACAAUUGCUUCCUCUUGCAAUUCGCGGAGUCGUGCCAAAUAAUGUAUAUGAUGCUAUCACUGAGUUAAGUAUUUUCUUCAGAGAAUUGUGCUCGAAAACAUUAAGAGUUGAUGUGUUGGACCAACUUGCAACUCAAAUUCCGAUAACAUUGAGCAAAUUAGAGAAAAUAUUUCUACCGGCAUUUUUUGAUGUUAUGGUACACUUAGUCAUUCAUCUUCCAAGAGAGGCUAAACUUGGUGGACCUGUACAAUAUAGGUGGAUGUACCCAAUUGAGCGAUUUUUACGCACAUUGAAAUGUUAUGUUCGUAAUAGAAAUCAACCUGAAGGAUCUAUUAUAGAAGGGUAUAUUGUUGAAGAAAGUAUAAUAUUUUGUUCAAGGUACUUACCUGGAAAUGUGAAAGGAUAUGAUCGAAUGGAUAAGAAUUAUGAAGAUGAUCAUAUUAAGACAUAUAGUGGAUUAUCCGUAUCUGAAAGAAAAGGUUCUCCUUUAUUAAGAGAUGCAUCUAGAAAUCUUGAAGAGUUAGAGAGAAAACAAGCUCAUCUUUAUGUCUUGAGAAAUUGCGAAGAAGUGCAACCAUUUUUACGUGAGUAUGAACAGAGUAAUAAAAGCAUGAACUUUGAUGAUUGGUUUUUUGAUCGGAUUGUACAAAUGCGCAAAGAAAAAAAUGAACUCGCAACCUAUGAAUUGUAUUCUUUGGCUAGAGGCCCUUUUGAUGGUGUUCAAAGAUUCAAGGGGUAUGAAAUAAAUGGGUUUAGAUUUCAUACUAAACUACUUGAGGAAACGAGGAAGACCCAAAAUAGUGGUGUUUUAGUAAGAGGAGAAGCGAAUGGAAGACUGAGUGUGAAUGGUGACAAUGGUUACCAAAUGGACCAUCCCCUUUUGAGACUGUUGAAUCAUAGGGAUAAUCUCCUAAUGUUCAAACAAUUGGGAGGAACAAGUGGGAAUGUUGUUGAAAAUUACAGGUUUGCGAGCAUAAAGGCCAGUCGGCAUAUCGCCGAAGAAGUCGACGACCCCGACCCAGACCGCCGUUUGGACCCCUAG